UUUGCAAAGGAAGCAAUACGUGCAGCUACGUAGAAGAAACGAAAAAGUAAUUAAGGAUGCUGGCAGGCGCCGCUCCGCUCCUCAGUCCGUACGGUCAGUGGGGGACGAGACAGCGAGAGAUGGAAGAGCGAGUAGCGCAAGGGGGUGAGAGACCGCACGCCUGUACCCGCUUCUCAAGAUGUGGUAGGGCUGACGCGAGGCUCACAUGAGGUCACUGCGACACGUCAAAUCAUGCGGCGGCUCACCUCUCUCUUCCCCUUCCCCUCUUAUUGAGUUGUACCUGUCUCUUCGAAGACAGCAGCAGCAGCGGUGUGGGUGAGCAGGAAACAUCGGUGGCCAAAACCCAUACACAUACACGCAUCUCUCUGUCGCUCUCUCGGUCGCUGUUUCCUUCUUCUGUUCAUGAGGAUUGUAGAGGAGUAACGUUGCGGUGGGAACCUGUGAGACGGCAAGGAGAAUGGAGGGGACGAGGUCAGGAGGAGAAAGGAAGCAGCAGCAGCAGCAGCACUACAGGGGGGUGAGAAAGAGACCGUGGGGGCGAUACGCGGCGGAGAUACGGGACCCGUGGAGGAAGGCGCGGGUGUGGCUCGGCACCUUCGACACCCCCGUGGAGGCCGCCCUCGCCUACGACCGCGCGGCUCGGUCUCUGCGGGGAAUCAAGGCCAAGACCAACUUCCCCCACCAGUUCGCGCCAGCCCCCCCGCCUCCGCCAAACCCUCCGCCCUCCUUCGCAGCCGCUCUCGACCUCAACCACCCAUCCUUGCACCUCUGGCUCGGCCCAACCCCACCCUCGCCAUCGCCACGUUCUCCACCGCCGUCAACCAAGCUGGCCUUGGGAGGGUUCGUGCCUCGAGAGCCUCCGGCUGCUGCCACCUCGUUCUACGCCGUCUCUGCCGGGGGCUUACCGUUGGAUCUCAACGAGCCACCGCCGCAGCUGGCGCCUGCCUUAUCGCCACUCUUCAAUUGAGCAGCCUUCCUCUGAUAUGCUAGCAUUAAUAUGCUCUGCUGAUCUGAUCCGUGCAUGUGAUAUCUUUCUCUUGUUAUUUACGCUUUCUUUCUUCUUCUA